GCAAAACACCAUUUCAGCAAACUUGAUUACUGUUAUCAAUAUAGAUUGAAAAUAUUUUGCGGAUGAAUAUUUAUAGGAAGAAUGGCUAUAUUUCCGGUUGUGUAGCAGACGAAAAUUGCGCGAAAUACAAUUUUUGAAAAUUGUACCUAUCUAGAUUGUAAUGCAUGGGUGAUACAGAAACAGCACUUUUCCAAGGGCAGACAGCCUGGUUCUCUGCUAGUGUGCUAAAGAGGAGGAUCAAACUUUGGAAAAAGCACGGAGGACUGAUAGCAGGAAUUGACCAUGCUCAGUUUGUGUUUAGUGAAGAUGAAGAGGCAGCUGAUACAAAACAGAUAUUCUGCAGUGAGGCCUACAUUGAUGAACAUCUGGCUGUAUUCCAUGCCAUGUAUGUGUCAGACUCUGCAAAGCAGAAAAAUGGUACUAAAUUACCACUUGGGGACUAUUUCCUUCCACCUAAAGAAGUACAACAGUUAAUAAAGAAACAGAAGAAAUUUAAAUGGGAGGAUGUAAAUGAUAGUGGUGAGGAUAACACAAGCUCAUCAUCUGAGGAAGAAGAGGGUACGGCAAAUCAUGCAGGUCAAGCUGCAGAAGGUAAUAGUCAAAACAGAAAUGAAAUACAGUUUGAUGGUGAAGAUUAUGUAGAUAUCCAAGUUUUAGCCAAAAUCACUGGACCAAUUGUGGAUUUUGUUCCUGGAAAACAUGGUUGUGAAGUGAGUAGCAAGAACAAGUCAAAAACGUGACAGUGUUGAAGAUCGCAUAGAGACUGAAGCAAUGUAGUGUUGAAGAUCUUUGAGACUGAACUGUGUGGUGCUGAAGAUCUUUGAGACUGAACUGUGUAGUGUUGAAGAUCAUAGAGACUGAACUGUAGCGUUGAAGAUCAUAUGGAAUGAAGCUGUAGUUUUUAUUCCAUGCUGUGCAAAGAACUCCAGUAUCCUUGGACAAUAAUGUGAAUUGCAGAAGUAUUGAUCUCAAAAAGCUGUUUUAAUACUUUGUAUUAUGUUAACCCUUUAUUAUUAUAGUCAAAUCACUGACAUGUGAUGUUAAUGAUGUUGAAAGGUAUACUGCUAGCUGUUAUAAACAUAUUAAAUUAUGGGAAAUCUUUUUAUCACAGCUUUUACUUUAUCACAAAAAAAACAGUUAAAUCAGAUUAGUAUGACCAGAUUCAUUUAUACUGGCCUCUGGGUGUUUGUCAGAGUUUAAGUUGAUGUAUUUAAUCUAUUACUUGCACUUGUGCGCUUGAAAUUUAUUUUUCAUUUCAAUGAUUUUUAUAUACUGCUUUCUGAAAUUCAAAUUUGACUGGAGUAUUAUGAUAUGGCAUCUCCCGUCCGUCUGUCUGGCUUAGACUUUCUUUUGUCCGGAGAUCUCUGUUUGUUUUCAACCAAUAUCUCAGUAUCCUUUUAAUUAUGAUUUAUUGUUGUGUUUCCACUGAGAGGCAUUUUGUUACGAUGAUUUGGCAAAAGUUAUAAUAAUUGCCCUUAUACGCUUAUUUUUAUUUUUUUUUGUAUUGGAAUUUUGUGCAUGGAUCUCCUCCCAUAGUUUUUAACUGCUCUCUUUGUAACUUGGUAGGCUGAAUAAUCAUGACAUUUACUAGUUCUUACCUCUUUGUCUCUGUAGAUACUCACCCUCAGUUUUCAACCAAUUUCUUUCAAACUUUGUAGACUUUAAUAUGACAUUAAAUUGUACUUUCUCA